AUGAAUCCCGUGAAACUGCGAUUUUACACCGAAAGAUACGAAAAGGAGAAGAGGCACUUUCGGCUUCGGGAGGAGUUCGUCGCGACCGCGCGCACAAAACCUCUGACCGGCAAAUUCUACGCGAAGCACGACGCGAUCCCGCCGUCCGAAAUUCUACAGGAAUACGUCGACUUGAUCUCGAAACGGUUGAUCCUCACGCCGAAGGACGUUUACGCGUUCAAGCCCCCGACGGUGAAUAUGUUGUACGGUUGGUUUUCGGAACCCCUGAUACCGCGAACGAACGAUCCGAGGUUACAAUUCCACCGGAAACAGACGGAUUUCAUCUCUAACGAGCUUCGAAUACGGCAUGUUCAGAGAGGCCUGCCGGUCGAAAAGUUUGUAGGAAUGCCUUUCAAGGUUUAGAACGAGGCCGUACAGCCGCGAUCGUC